GUAGUGUAGUCAUUACAUUUAUCAUUUCAAUUUAUUGUAUGUUCGGUCGUUCGCUGUGCUGUACGUAUAAAUUGUAUAGUGUGGAUUCGUCCAAUUAAAUUUUAUUUAGUUUUAUAAACGUCGCAGAGUUGUUUUGCAUUUUGUAAAAAAAUUUCAAUUCAAAUUUAACUAAACAAAAUGUCACUUUUACGUAUCGUAAGCAGUGAGCUUCGCCAUGCCAUCCAACGGAACUAUUCCAGUUCAACGGCUCCCACAACGAAAAUGUUCAUCGAUGGUAAAUUCGUCGAAUCCAAAGCCACAGAAUGGAUUGAUCUUCAUGAUCCGGCCACAAACGAUGUGAUCACUCGCGUACCAAAAUGCACACAAGGCGAAAUGGAACAGGCCGUCGAGUCAUCGAAAAAGGCUUACAAGUCAUGGAGUCAAACAUCGAUUCUGACGCGCCAACAAGUAAUGUUUAAGUUGCAACAAAUUAUUCGAGCCAAUAUGGGUGAACUGGCGAAGAGCAUAACAUCCGAACAGGGAAAAACGUUAAUCGAUGCUGAAGGAGACGUACUGCGUGGACUACAGGUCGUCGAGCAUAUGUGCAGCAUAACAAGUCUGCAAAUGGGAGAAGUUGUGCCAAACAUCGCCAAAGACAUGGACACAUACUCACACACGCUGCCAUUAGGUGUAACUGCCGGAAUUACUCCAUUCAAUUUCCCAGCAAUGAUUCCGUUAUGGAUGUUCCCCGUUGCCAUUACAUGCGGCAACACCAGCAUUAUUAAGCCAUCGGAACGGGAUCCAGGUGCGACAAUGAUGUUAAUGGAAAUGUUGAAUCAAGCUGGUUGUCCACCGGGUGUUGUGAAUGUCAUUCAUGGAGCACACGAUUCCGUAAACUUCAUCUGCGAUCAUCCCGCCAUCAAAGCGGUAUCGUUUGUUGGCUCCGACACAGCAGGCAAAUACAUUUACGAAAGAGCCGGCCGAAAUGGAAAACGAGUCCAAAGUAACAUGGGAGCAAAGAAUCAUGGUGUUAUAAUGGCUGAUGCGAACAAAGAACAUACGCUCAAUCAAUUGGCUGGCGCUGCUUUUGGUGCGGCUGGCCAGAGAUGCAUGGCAUUGUCAACAGCAAUUUUCGUUGGUGAUGCUAAGAAAUGGAUUCCAGAUCUCGUUGAACGAGCGCGCAAAUUGAAGGUGAAUGCUGGUCAUGUGCCCGGCACAGAUAUUGGACCGGUUAUCAGUCCACAAUCGAAAGAGCGAAUUUACAAAUUGAUUGAAUCAGGAGUGAAACAAGGCGCAAAAUUGGUGCUGGAUGGUCGUGGCAUUAAAGUGUCUGGAUUUGAGAAAGGCAACUUCGUAGGUCCGACCAUUCUCACCGAUGUUCAACCCAGUAUGGAAUGUUACACAGAGGAAAUUUUCGGCCCGGUGCUCGUAUGCUUAACCGUGGACACAUUCGAUGAGGCCAUUGAAAUGAUCAACAACAAUCCGUAUGGUAAUGGAACGGCCAUCUUCACAAACAAUGGUGCCACAGCUAGAAAAUUCGUCAAUCAAAUCGAUGUGGGCCAAGUGGGCAUCAACGUACCGAUUCCAGUUCCAUUGCCGAUGUUCUCGUUUACUGGAUCACGUGGCAGUUUCUUGGGCGACAAUCAUUUCUAUGGCAAGCAGGGAAUCAAAUUUUAUACACAAACCAAGACUGUUACGCAAUUGUGGCGAGAGGGUGACGUUACACACUCCGAUGCGGCUGUAGCUAUGCCAACAAUGAAGUAAAUUCGAUUUUUUUUGCUGGCUGCCUACAUCUUCCAUUUCGAACACACACACAACGUGCAUUUAUUGAUUUUUAAGUUUAA